AGAUGUGGGUGUGUUCCGUUAAAAACAACAAAAAAAAAAGGUACUCGAAGCACCUCCUACAGCAAGCGAGCUUAGGGCUCACCUACAAGGUUGCUGUUUUUUUUAACGUUAUUUAAUUCCCUAUUCGCACGUUUUUGAGAGAGACAGAGAGAGAGCGCCGAUCGGCGGGACUGAGGAAGGACACUGCCGCCGCCGGUGAGCUCGCCAUGGCUCGGGCUUCGUUCGCCGCCGUUAGCCUCCUCUUGCUUCUGGCGUUGCUGGUUUUUGAAGCUGAGGUUGAAGCCAGAAGACGUACGAAACCUAGACGACGAAAAAGAGAAUGGAUUCUUCCGCCUACAAAGUUGCAAGAGAACGUGGACUACACGAAAAGAGAAUUCAUUGCUAAAAUUCGAUCUGACAAAGACGACCUAGACGCCGUGAUAUACUCUCUGACGGGGGCCGGAGCUGACAGCCCGCCGUUUAACUUGUUCGUCGUCAACUCGACGACUGGACUGGUGAAAGUAACUGAUAUUUUGGAUAGGGAAAAGUGUGCAAUGUACAAUUUGACCGGCAUUGCCAGACACAAGAAUGGCACGCUAGCAGAAACAGACAUCGACCUGCGCAUUCGAGUCAUUGAUCAAAAUGAUAACCCCCCUCAAUUUCCUAAGAAAUUUACUGGAAGUGUGAAUGAAUCGAGUACUGAAGGUACCUACGUCACGGAAGUAUCUGCAACAGACGGUGACGAAGAAGGGACAAUCAACGCAAAGAUCGCAUUCAACAUCAUUCAUCAGGAUCCAGAGGAUGACGGAAUGAAGUUCUACGUUGAGAAGAAUUCUGGGAAGAUUUUUGUCAAAGAACCCAAUCUUGACCGAGAAGUCUUUGACUUCUACACUCUGCUAGUAACGGCAACAGAUUUGGACGGUGCACCAGGUGGCAACGUUGCAACAGGAACAGUUGAGAUUAAGGUCUUAGACAUCAACGACAACCCGCCGAGGCUAGAGAAAGAACAGUAUUCCGCCAACAUAGACGAGAACGCUGCUGGCAUAGAGGUGAUGAGAAUCAAAGCACUGGACGACGAUGUGAAAAAUACCGACAACUGGCUGGCAAAGUUUAAGAUCACGAAGGGUAAUGAUGAAGGCCAUUUCACAAUCGAGACAGACCCUGACACUAACGAAGGCGUCCUAAAGCUGGUGAAGCCAUUAGAUUACGAGCAGAUGCAAGACCUUGACCUGGACGUGUCUGUGGAAAACGUGGCACCGCUCGUCGCCGGGGCAGCACCCGACAUUGGCCUUGGCCUUGACCUUGGCCUUGACCUUGACCUUGACCUUGACGCUGACGUCGAUGCCGACCUCGAUCUCGAUCUCGACUUGGAUCUCGAAGGUGCGGGUGGCGCUGGAGCCGGGGCGGGCGGCGCAGGAGCCGGGGUGGGGGCGGGGGCGGGGGCGGGGGCAGGGCCCGCGGCCAGGGCGGGGGCAGGGGUGGGGGCUGGAGUCGGUGCCGGAGCAGGAGUGGGACCAGGAGUGGGACCCGGCAAAGGCAAGGGAAAACCCAAAAAGCCCAAAAAAAAGCCGAAAGGUAAAAGCUACCCCAUUAAAAUCAAGGUCAACGACCUGCCGGACGGCCCGACCUUCAGCCCCUCGGAGAUGCCGGUUCCCGUCUCGGAGGACCCGGAGGACAUCGUGAUCCCCAGCGUGAUCGCGACGUACCCGGCGCUCGACGGAGACACAGGAGCGCUCGCCGAGAACGUCAGGUAUGCAAAGGGAUACGAUCCUGACAACUGGUUAUCAAUUGAUGAAAAGACUGCAGAAAUAAAACUAAUCAAAAGGCCGGAUCGGGAGUCUCAGCACCUGGUUGAUGGAGUAUACUACGCAAAAAUUCUCUGUUUGACACAAGAUAUACCCCCUAAAACCGCCACGGGAACCAUUGCUCUGAACGUGCAGGACUCCAACGACCACUGUCCCCGGCUCGUCAGCACGUACGAGUCCCUGUGCACGGAUCAGAAGUCGGUGUACGCCACGGCGCUGGACGAGGACGCCCAUCACAACGCAGCGCCCUUCGAGUUCCUGAUAGUGCCCGAGGAGACCACGGGAAAGUGGGACGUUGAGAAAGUGAACGACACAACGGCACUGCUGACAUCCCAGGAGAUCUUAUGGCCAGGCUCCUUUGAAAUCACACUUGAGAUUAAGGACAAGCAAGGCGUGGCCUGCCCCGACAAACAGGUUGUUCGGCUGGAUGUGUGCACCUGUAUGGAGGGGGGAAUCUGCGGCCCCCAAAAACUGUCAGCAGAAGUCACCCCUAAGCUUGCAGGGCUGGGUAUAGGAAUACUCGCCCUAGGCUUUGUGGCACUGCUCGCGGUGCCGAUUCUGCUGACGUUCUGCUCCUUCGGAAAGGCCGCGUCGGGACUAAUCCCGGGUGGCUUUGCCGAUCUGCCCAUGGAUGCGAAGGAAUAUCUGAUUCCGUACCACACGGAGGGAAAAGGGGAGGACAAGGAGGUCCCUCUUCUGAGCGCGCCUUUUCCGAUAGCGAAUCACGAGGCACCGAUAGUGGCGCAGAACCUCGCCAAAACGUCCGCCGCCAGAACGCAGCUGAGCCUGGCGGACGGGCUGGGCUUCGGCAACGAAGACGGGCUGCUGGACCUGGCGCAGGCGCUGGACGCGGACUCCUACGGGAGCCUGCAGAGACGCGUCGGCGGCUUCCAGCAGAGGGGGGCGGCGGCGGAAGUCGGGGCGCAGAGGGAGGAGUACGAGAGAGCGCCCGCGUACGCUGCUUUCGACGAGUACGACGAGGGCCCCUACCCCGACAUGUCCCUGCCCGAGGAGUUCCUGGACGACUACUACUCGCAGAAAGCAAACUGUGCCACCGAAGGCUUUCACCAGAGGGAGAGCUUGCUGGUCUAUAAGGAGGAGGGAAAUGGGUCUCCUGCUGGGUCAGUGGGCUGCUGUAGUCUCCUGGACAUGGACGAUGACCUGGAGUUCCUCAACGACCUGGACCCAAAAUUCAAAACCCUGGCUACUAUCUGCAGACCUCCAGUUAUCGAAUCCGAAUUUGCAUUCGAUUUUCCAGAGCCCAGAGUCGAGCCCAGAGUGGAGCGCAGAGUCGAGCCCAGAGUGGAGCGCAGAGUCGAGCCCAGAGUCGAGCGCAGAGAGACGGUCCACACCAAUUUCUCAAGCGAGGGAGUGCUGCCUCAGAGAACCCACAGCUUGUCAAGCUCGAUCCCGUCCAGCCCCGUUCAACGUUCCGCCAGAAGUCAUUUCUCUACCCUGCCCCAAGUGAAAACCUAUGAGAAUGUAAUCGUACCAAGUCCAACGUACCUCAUUCAGCAGCCUGUUUAUUAUGCGGCCGCGCCCAUGCUGCAGCCCGUGCAGUACGUGAUGGAGCCCCAGGUGCAGGGCAUGUACGUGAUGAGCAACGCUCCAAUGGCCGAGAACGUGGUGUUGCAGGAGCGGACGGUAAUCGGGGGUGCCGCCAUGCACGGCGGGGUGAUCGGGGGUGCCGCCAUGCACGGCGGGGUGAUCGGGAUGCAGCAGGGCACCUUGAACAGGGGCGAGAACAUUGUGUUGGUGGAGAGGCAGGUGGGCGCGGGGCAGGUAGCCGGGCACAACCAAGGGGUGGUGCUGGUGGAGGGUCAGGUGGGUGCAGGGCAGGUGCUGCAGGGGGGUCAGUCGUGGAUCCAACAAGGUACCCUACAGAGGGGCACCAUCUCUGGGUCCCAGAAAAUCCUGCUGGUGGAAAGAGGAGGAGCUGGAGGCCAGGUUCUGGGGAGCCCAGUCAGCCCUCAGCAGAUAUUAGUGGGAGGUCCAGCUGGGUUGUCUCCAGGGUCUGUGCAGAUGACUAGCCCAGAGAACGCGUUCGAUUUUGAGAGGCAGGUGAGAAGUGCCCAAGUGGAGCCAGAUCCUGUUGUACAAAAUGGUGUGUUCAGAGUGCAGGAGGGUACCUUAAAAAGCCACGAGAAUGCAAUGCUGUUUGAUCCAUCUGAACAACAGAUACCUCUUGCCCAGAGACAGGGGGGCAGUGAACAGGGGAUGCAUGAGGAUAUUUCUAAGACAGCUGAAGAAAAGAGAAGAUUAUUUUCAUUACAGAAUAGGGAUCCAAGGCAGGCUGCACUAAUUAGAAACCAACUAUUGGAGGAUGAUAGUGAACAAGUGGAUGAAUUGUUCAUGGAAAGGCCUAUUGCUUCAAACCAGGUGUUUGGGGAUGAUGAGCUGGAGUUAACGCUGGAAAGUUUAGUGUUGCAUAAAGUUACUCCAGAAGAAUUUCCUGGAUCUUUGCAAGAGGAGAGGGUGGCAGACGUUUUUGAGGAGGAUGAAACAUCAUUGUAUAAAGCCCAGGAAGAAGACACAUCUGAAUUGACUCAAGGUAAGUUAGAGGAAAUAAAAGUUUUUCAAUCUGUAAAUGAGGAAAUUUUGGAAAUGGAAGCUAGUUCUGUCCAAGCCCAAGAGGAAGACAUAGCUGAGGUUACUGGGGAGACUUUGGAGGAUGAGGAGAUAGCAGAGAAGGUGGUUGAGUCUCAACCAGCUGAGGAAGAAAAACCAUCUGGAUUAACUGAAGGAAAGUUAGAAGAAUCUCUGAAUGAGGAAAUUAUGGAAACCAAAAGGAGUUCUGCUGAGGUUCAGGAGGACGAUGUAUCAGAGGUAGUUGUGGAAAUAGUACAAGAUGACUCACCUGGGUCUGCAGAUAAGGAUGAUAUCUCAGAGGCAGUUGAGGGAACUUUAGAAGAAUCAUCUGCAUCUCCAGUUGAGGAGAUAGCAAAGGGAUCAAUUGAAUUCCACCAAGUUGAGGAGGAAAACACACCUGGAUUAUCAGAAAAAAGGUUAGAAGAAAUUGAUGAGGAAGUUGUGGAAAUGGAAGCUAGUUCUAUCCAGGCUCAGGAGGAGGACACGUCAGUGGCAACUGAUGGGGAAUUAGAACAAUUGAAUGGGUCUCAAAAUGAGAGGAUAGCAGAGGAAGUGGUUCAGACACAUCUAUCUGAAGAAGAUGAAUCUGAUUUAAAUGAAGGAAAGAUUGAGGAGGAAAAAAAUGUUGAAUCUCUGAAUGAGGAAAGUAUGGAAAGUGAUAUAAGUUCUGACCAGGUUGAGGAGGAUGAUACAUCAGGAGUAGCUGAGGAAACAUUAGAAAAAGAAACAUCUGGAUCUGCAGAUGAUGAGAUGGCAGCGACGGUAGUUCAGACACACACAGCUGAAGAAGAAAGUACUUCUGACUUAAUUCAAGGAAAGUUAGUGGAGAAUGAAGUUUCUGAAUCUCUGAAUGAAGAUGUUGUGGAAAUGGAAGUUAGUUCUGUCCAGGUUGAGGAAGAAGGUAUGUCUGAGGUAGUUGAGGAAAUGGUAGAAGAAGACUUAUCUAGAUCUCCAGAUGAGGAGGUAGCAGAGAAUGUGGUUGAGUCUAGUCAUGUUGAGGAAGAAGACACAUCUGAAUUAACUAUAAAUUCAGAGGAGAAAGAAGUUUCUGAAUCUCUGAAUGAAGAUGUUGUGGAAAUGGAAGUUAGUUCUGUCCAGGUUGAGGAAGAAGGCAUGUCCGAGGUAGUUGAGGAAAUGGUAGAAGAAGACUUAUCUAGAUCUCCAGAUGAGGAGGUAGCAGAGAAUGUGGUUGAGUCUAGUCAUGUUGAGGAAGAAGACACAUCUGAAUUAACUAUAAAUUCAGAGGAGAAAGAAGUUUCUGAAUCUCUGAAUGAGGAUGUUGUGGAAAUGGAAGCUAAUUCAGUUCAGGUUCAGGAGGAGGAAACUGCAGGGGUAGAUGAAGAAAUGUUAGAGGUAGGAGAAUUGUCUGGAUCCCUGAAUAAGGAUGGAGUGGAGGUGGAGACAGUCAUGGGGGAACGCACACAGGAGGAGGGAGAAUUAGCUGGAUCAAAAAACAAUGAUCUCACAGAGACUGAGGUUAUUCCUGACCAAGAAGAAGAGGUUGAACUGAGGUCUGAGUCACAAAACGCUGAGAGAGUAGAUGCUACAGACACAGAGAUAAUAGAGGAGAAUAGUUCAGAGGUGAGCAAUGUGACAUUAGAGGAGGGUGAGGUAUCUGAGUCUCAGAACAAAGAGGAGAUACUUGAGGAAACCAGAGAUGGUUCAGAAGAGACCCAGGUGGAAGAGUCAACUCAGUUAAGUCUGAUAGAUGAAGAAAUGUCUGCCUCAAGCAAUGAUGCAGUGUUGCAGACGGAGCAACUCAGUGGUCAACUGAACGUAGAAACUGAGCCAAGCCAAGCCACUGCUGAGCAAGUACUCAAGGAAGACAUUUCAGGGUCUGAAUCACAGAAUAUUGAUGCAGCCAAGACUGAAGUUGAGUUGGAUGAAACACUUGAAGGGAGUGAACCAGCCCAGGGAGCAGAAUUUACUGCCCAUGGAGAGUCAGAUGAAGGUUCAGUCAGUGCUGGGAAAAUAUUAGAAGGGUCUCCAGAGCCUGAUUCCCAGAAUGUUAAAAAUGUGGAAAGUGAUGUUGGUUCUUUCCAGGCAGUAGAGGAGGAUCCAUCAGAGCAAACCCAGGAGAUUUCAAAAGCUGGUGAAACACUAGGACCACAGGUCAAAGAGGUGGAGGAGAGUCAAGCACCUGGUGAUCAACCAUUGGGAGAUUUGGGAAAAUCUUCUGGAGGCAAAUCCAAACGUCAGAAGAGUCUCAAAAGUCCCAAAGCGAAGUGCGCACAGCAAUGAGUAUUUUAAGGGCACAAUCUCAGAG